AUGAAUCUCGGUUUUAAAUUGUGUGAAGUGCAACAACGCCAAGAUCCUUUUCUCAAGGACGCCAACAUCGGCUGCUGGAUGGACACAAAUUGCCCUGGAAUACAGAAAUGCUGCGUAGAACCGAACCCUGUGACUAACUCGGCUACACGAAUAUGUCGCGAUCCUGUCGGUAUACGAAGCACAUCAUUAUGUUCCUUACCAAUGGUUGUUGGCUCAUGCACUGCACCUGUGACUCGGUUCUACUACGAUGCAUCAUCGGGAUCGUGUCAACGAUUCACAUACUCUGGAUGUGGUGGAAAUGCCAACAAUUUCCAAUCCUUGGCAAGUUGCCAAGCCACUUGCGGAUCUUCGGGUAUGAUUUUUGCUAAGGUGUUUCUUUUGUAA